UGUAAUGGUGCUGUCCACCUUUUUUCUUCAGCAACAUUCAGCUGCUUGGGUGCAGAGUUGGUGGAGUCCCAUGGCUGAGUUUAAUGAGGUUGUAGUUUGGCUGGUGAGUACAACCAGGGCUUACCAUGAACCAGGCACUGUACGGACUACUUUGGGGAUUGCAAAAAAAGAAUGCAACAUGAUCGCCACCCUCAAAAAAUGCAGUCUUGGCCGGGUGUGGUGGCUCAUGCCUGUAAUCCCGGCACUUUGGGAGGCUGAGGCAGGCAGAAUGUCAGACCUCCAAGUUCAAGCCUGGCCAUUAUAGCUCUGGUAACCUGAAGGUACUCUGCUGGAUGGUCUCCAGGAGGCAGAAAGUCUGGAGUAACUAGAUGGCCACAAAGAGAAGUGAAAUGACUGGUUCCUGCCUCAACUGAUUGAUCUCCCCCUGCAGCCUUCAUUGUUCCUGCUCAACCUUGCGAGAUUUCCCCCAGACAUUAGGUUUCUCAAGACCCCCAUCCCUGUAACUGUGUAAUUUACCUCACCCUCCCCUCUGUUUGCAACUGAUAACCACUACCCUUAUGAUCAUGCCUGUUUGGAAUAGAUAACACCUACACUUGUGACCAUGCAUCCCAUGAUGCUCUUCUCGUCCCUAAAAUAGAUUACCACCUUUAUCUGACCAUUUGCCCCAACCUAUAUAACCAGUCCCCUUUCCUACUGCCCUCACCUAACGCCUUUUCCCAACUUGGUGCACUUGCAACCAAGCGCAAAAUAAAACAGCCUCACCCCGUGCGAAUGUCUGGGUCGAGGAGUGGCCUCCUGCAGUCUCCUCUGCAAAUGGGUUCCGUGGCCUACUGCCCCAUCCCUACCAACGGUGAUUGUGAGCCAAGGCCCAGAGGGGUCACCACCCAGGUCCCACAAGCCUGCAUUCAGAGCAUGGCCUCCAUCCCCUCCAGCGGCUCGCUUGUGGCCAUCCACGACUACUACCGGUGCUGCCUGGGUUCCACUUCCAGUACCCAGUGCCCCGCAGAAGCCAUUCCCCACCCCCCGGGUAUCCCCAAGGCUGACCCAGGUCACUGGUGGGCCAGCUUCUUUCACAGGAAGUCCACCCUCCCGUUCAUGGCUACAGUGCUGGAGUCUGCAGAGCACCCGGAACCCCCCAAGGCCUCCAGCAACAUGACCACCUGUGGCCUGGCUCACAACGCCCCAAGGAAGCAGCCCGGUGGUCAGUCCAGCACAGCCAGCUCUGGGCCCUUGUCCUGACCUGAACGGUUACCACCAGCCCCAGGCCUGCCAAGGCGCUAGGCCACUAGAACCCCUCCUGUCCCCCUCCCCACCACGCUCCCUGUAGACUAGGCAGCU